AGUGUAGUCUAUAUUUUAUUUUAAGUCUAUGGUUAUUGGGCUAGAAUCUAGAAAAAGAAUAAUCAAAGCUAGUCAAAAUUAUAAUCUAUGGUUAAUUAUUAGACAAAUUGACAAAUACAAGAAUAAACAAGUGCCUGUAAACCAUACUGUAAACAUUCCAAAAAAGUAAAUAAAUAAGUCUUAGAUAUUAUAUUCCACUAUGAUUUAAGGGUUAAAAAUUGUAAAUACCAGAGGCAAGGUACAUUAAGUAAAUGCUCUGCAUGAGGUUCUCUCCAAUUUCCAAUGAAAUUGGUUUAUUUAUUUGCCUCUAUACUGAUAUUUCCUUUUAGAAACAAUGGAUAAUAUAAAUGAAGUAAUAGUUUUUAAAAUAGUGACUGAAUUGAAUGAAUCGCAGAGAAAAGUCUAUAUAUGUGCCUCAUGUAGCUACAUAACGUUGCAUGAGAAACGUUUUAACAAACACAAGAAAACUCACUUGCCACCGGAACCACGACAGCUGCUUUCUUGUAAGCACUGUGCCAACAAAUAUAGGACAAAGGAAGGCUUACGAAACCACCUUUACAAUAAGCAUACUAAUUCCAGGGAGAAUGAAUUGAAGGAAUCGCAGAUAAAGUUAUAUAGUUGUUCCUUAUGUGUCUAUCAAACGCCAAUAAGGUACUAUCUUUUUAAACACAAGAAAAUUCACUUGGCACCAGAAGAAAGACGAAUGUUUACUUGUGAGCACUGUGGCAACAAGUAUACAACAAACCGAUGCUUACAAUACCACCUAGAUAAAAAUCAUAUUGAUUCCAGUAUUAGGGCGAAGGCAUUGAAGAAAUCGCAGAAAAAGGUCCAUAGAUGUUCCAAAUGUGGCUUCCAAACGCCAUAUCAGGCCAGUCUUUAUAGGCACAAAAAAGUUCACUUGGCACGGGAAGAACGUCAGUUGUUUGCGUGUGCGCACUGCGGCAAUAAAUAUACAACAAAACUGUGUUUACAAAGCCACCUUGUUAAAAAACAUACUGAUUCCAGGGCGAAGAAGUUGAAGAAAGUGCCACGUCAGUACAGGCUUAACAGACACAAUAAAAUUCACUUUGUACCAGAAGAUCGAAAGUUGUUUGCUUGUCAAGACAGUGACAAAACAUAUAUGAAAAAACAAGACUUACAACACCACCUUGUGAAUAAUCCUACUUGUUCCAGAAACCCUGAUUGUACAUCAGUAACUGACAAAGUGAUAUUAGAUUCUUUAAAAAUUGAACUUGAUGAUCACACUCCACUAAAGGACGAGUUUAGAAAUACCGAAUGUCUUAUUACGACUAAUCAAAUAAAAUCAGAAGAUCUUUUAAAAUUAGAACCUGAUGAUGUCGCUCCGAUUCAGCAUAAAGACUUGCAGGAUGACUUCAAAAAUGGCGAAAAUUUAUCUGUCGCUAAAAAGGUGAAGUUGGAAGAUUUUAUAAAAAUGGAACCUGACAAUAACGACUGACGAUAAUAAUGGGUACUUACAUUAUUAGAAGAUUAAAAAGGCCUUAAGGAACACAAUAAACUCAAAUCGUGCACAGAAAAAUCAUGUUUUCUAUAAAAUAUCAGAAAAAUUGUAAGAGCGACAUAACGACUUUAUAAACGUAAACAACAGAAUGGUCGUUUUUUUGUAUAAAUAUUGCUGUCUAAAAGUAAAUAUAUUAUUUAUUCUGCUGAAACAA